GCUCAGCCCAGCCCAGCCCAGCCCGGAGCUCUGGGCUGUGUCUGCUCUUGAACUCUGCGCGUGGCCCGAUAGGCGAGAGGAAGGACGCGCGCGGGGGCGCGCGCGCCAGGUCGCGGGGUUGGUUGUGUAAGCGUGGAGGGUGGUAUCGCCUCCUCCCCAGACCUUGAGCUGCUGCUGCGUAAAGCGCGGACACUGUGUGCUUGGCCUAGCUUGCUGCGAGCUCCCGCGGACGCUGGGGGCCUCGGGCUUCCGGCUCCGUUUGCAGCCGCCCCAAGAAUAAAAGGCAUAAGACUCACCAUGGCCCCCAAAAAGAGGAGCCACAGUACCAGUAGUGAGCCGGAGAAGACGGAAAGCCAGGAGAGUAAAGCUAAGAGGAAGCCACUCCAGAAACACCAAUUCAGCAAGAGCAACAUGGUUCAGAAAGAGGAGGAAGACAAGAGAGAGGGAGACAAAAGGGGAGGAACGGAGGGCCUGCAGGAAGUAGUGAGGCAGUCCAGGCUCCGGACAGCUCCCUCUGUGCUGGAAUUUCGCUUUAACAAACAACGAGUGAGACUCAUCUCUCAGGACUGCCACCUGCAGGACCGGUCCCAGGCCUUUGUGUACUGGAUGUCUCGAGACCAGAGAGUGCAAGAUAAUUGGGCAUUCCUUUAUGCCCAGAGAUUGGCCCUGAAACAGAAGCUGCCCUUGCAUGUCUGCUUCUGCCUUGCCCCCUGCUUCCUGGGGGCCACCAUCCGUCAUUAUGACUUCAUGCUUCGUGGCUUGGAAGAAGUAGCCGAGGAGUGUGAGAAGCUGUGCAUCCCCUUCCACCUGCUUCUAGGCCUGCCAAAGGAUGUACUUCCUGCCUUCGUGCAGACACAUGGCAUUGGUGGCAUAGUGACUGACUUCUCCCCUCUGCUCCACCACACCCAGUGGGUGAAAGAUGUCCAGGAUGCACUGCCAAGGCAGGUGCCCUUUGUACAGGUAGAUGCUCACAACAUCGUUCCGUGCUGGGUAGCCUCUGACAAGCAGGAAUAUGGGGCUCGAACCAUACGACACAAGAUCCAUGACCGGCUUCCUCAUUUUCUUACUGAGUUUCCCCCAGUUAUAUGUCAUCCAUAUCUUUCAAACAUUCAGGCUGAGCCUGUGGACUGGAAUGGCUGCCGGGCAGGACUGCAGGUGGACCGAUCGGUGAAGGAGGUGUCCUGGGCCAAGCCAGGCACUGCCUCAGGCCUAACCAUGUUGCAGUCCUUCAUUGCCGAGAGACUCCCAUACUUUGGGUCCGACCGAAACAACCCCAACAAGGAUGCACUCAGCAACCUCUCCCCCUGGUUCCACUUUGGGCAAGUCUCAGUUCAGCGGGCCAUUCUGGAAGUGCAGAAACAUCGAAGCCGGUACCCAGAUUCUGUGACUAACUUUGUGGAAGAGGCUGUGGUGAGGAGGGAGCUGGCAGACAAUUUUUGCUUCUACAAUAAGAACUAUGAUAAAUUAGAAGGUGCUUAUGAUUGGGCCCAAACCACUCUGAGGCUCCACGCCAAGGACAAGAGACCCCAUCUGUACUCACUGGAACAGCUGGAGUCUGGGAAGACCCAUGACCCACUCUGGAAUGCUGCGCAGAUGCAGAUGGUGAAGGAAGGAAAGAUGCAUGGCUUCCUCCGAAUGUACUGGGCCAAGAAGAUUCUGGAGUGGACCCACUCCCCUGAGGAAGCCCUGGAGUUUGCGAUCUAUCUCAAUGACCGGUUUCAGCUGGAUGGCAGGGAUCCCAAUGGCUACGUAGGCUGCAUGUGGUCCAUCUGUGGCAUCCAUGACCAGGGCUGGGCAGAACGUGAGAUCUUUGGAAAGAUCCGCUAUAUGAAUUAUGCCGGCUGUAAGAGGAAGUUUAACGUGGCAGAGUUUGAACGAAAAUACAGCUCUGCGGAUUAAGGGAACGUUGGGCCCCACACCUGCUUCUCCAGUCUUUCUACUUCCAGCUUCUCUCCUUAAGUCCAGUUUCUUCCCUGCACAAAGCACUCUGUUGGGAGGGCAGUGACUGGGGGAGAGUCUGAAGCCCAGGCUCCAUUCUUUUGUUUAAAUGGCUUUGCUGGCUCCUGCUCUUUCUUGUUUCUUACCUCCUUGCAAGCAUCAGUGCUUUGUUUUACCUGACAGAGAAUCUCCCUCUGGCUUAACAGGGCUUUUUGGUUGUCUGUUUCUAAAGCUUCACAGAUGUUACCUGGAAAUUGUUGUCAAAUUAGAACCUAGCUUUCCUUGCUUUCUGUUUCCCUAGGUCCAGUACUCAAAAAGGUUAAGAAUUCCUGUUUUAGGCAGCCUAGGUAUUUAUCUAGAUACACUGCUGUCUCGGAAGGAUGGUUUUCAAUUCAUCAGAAUGGGGCAGGUCAUCCUCGAUGUGAACUGAACCUUAGUCCUGAGGUUGCUAGGCUACCCAGGAGAACCAGUUCCAGCCUGAGGUUUGUUUGUUGCUUUGGUGAUGGUUACCGGCAACAAAGUAGAUGCCCGUCACUUGGGGAAGUGGUUUAACAAAUGGCGGGGCCUGAAUAAUGGAAUAAUUACUGUGCUGUAAGAAAUGGAGACAGAAGGAUGGAAAUACUGAACUGAUGCAGAAUGAAGUAAGCAGACACAGUGGGUACAAUGAUAAUAAAGACAACCGCAAAACAAUCAAAACUGAAUGCUGGGAAAUUACAAAGACCAAUCUUGGCCCCAAAGAAGAGAGAGAAGGAGACACCUUCCCGUGCUCUUUUGUUGAAGCAGCGGACCAUGGGUGUGAGACACUGCAUAUAUAUCAUCAGAUGUUUUUUGAAAUGUUUAGUUUUGUGCAGCUUAAUUAUAAGGAAUGUUCUCUGGGAGGUGGUGGGGGGAUGAAUAUGGUAGGAAAUAUAGGAGGCAUAUAAACAAAAGAUAUCAAUAAAAAUUUAUUUUUUACAAUAGCCUAAAGCUUUACAGAUAUGUCCCUGAAAUGUUCAGAUAUACAUUUUGAGUGUUUUGUUUAUACCUUCUCUGGAAUUUGGUUUCUGUAUCUGGAGAACCUAGAACCCACACCUUCUGUUGAUGGGAGUAUUCAGUCUUUCUUGGUUAAAUCUCUGGAGUUUAUAAAAUCCAUUGAAAUGCA